AGCAGAAGCUUGACAGGCAGCGAGCGUUGCUAGAACAGAAGCAGAAAAAAAAGCGCCAGGAGCCAUUAAUGGUUCAGUCCAAUGUGGACAGUCGCACAAGGACGCGCAGAAUGAAACAUUCGGAAGAACAAGCACCAUUGGUUGAAUCGUAUCUUAACAGCAACAGCAGCACCAUAUAUCAUGGGAUUGAUGGCCCAGCUGCUUUUCAAGAUGACGUUCAGAAGAUAGGAAGUCAAGUGCAGAUUCUCACUGUUGGACAGUCUAGCCAUGAUGAAGACGAUGGAGAGAAAAUGGCUAGUGGCCAACAACAGCAAAGCAAACAAGAUCUUAGAACAGCAAUGCAGAAAAAAGAUCCCCAUGCAAAUACAUCCUGGUCCUCUUCCACCUCCCAAUCCAGUCUUGUCGCCCUGGAUCAUGUUCCUGGCAUUUCAAGCAGCAUGAAUUUUGAUGAGGAAGAAGAUGAAGAAGAUGAAGACAGCUCCAGUUCUUCACAGUUAAACAGUAACACCCGGCCUGGUUCUGCCACAAGCAAGAAAUCCAAUAAGGAAGCAGCCUCAGCCCCCAGUCCUUCCACAAAUGAGCCUCUCAUAGAUGUCGAUGACCUGGAGGAAUUUGCCGUAAGACCUGCUCCACAGGGUGUCACUGUCAAAUGCAGAAUCACAAGAGACAAGAAGGGAAUGGACCGAGGGAUGUACCCUACUUAUUACCUCCACUUGGAAAGGGAGCAUGGUAAAAAGGUGUUUCUGUUAGCUGGAAGGAAACGAAAGAAGAGUAAAACCUCUAAUUACCUCAUCUCCAUAGACCCAACUGACCUGUCUCGGGGCGGAGAGAGUUUUAUUGGAAAACUGAGAUCAAAUCUUAUGGGAACUAAGUUUACGGUUUAUGACAAUGGAGUAAAUCCAAUGAAAACAACAUCAAGCCUGGAGGCGACUAUCCUGCGUCAGGAGCUAGCUGCUAUUUGUUAUGAAACAAAUGUCUUGGGGUUUAAAGGACCUCGUAAAAUGAGUGUGAUCAUACCGGGAAUGAAUAUGGACCACGAAAGAGUUUCCAUCAGACCACGAAACGAACAUGAAACACUUCUUGCAAGAUGGCAGAACAAAAAUACAGAGAGUGUCAUUGAGCUGCAUAACAAAACACCAGUCUGGAAUGAUGACACCCAGUCCUAUGUUUUAAAUUUCCAUGGUCGAGUCACACAGGCCUCAGUGAAAAACUUCCAAAUUAUUCAUGAUAAUGAUCCUGACUACAUAGUGAUGCAGUUUGGCCGCGUGGCUGAGGAUGUGUUCACCAUGGACUACAACUACCCGAUGUGCGCACUACAAGCCUUUGCUAUUGCCCUUUCAAGUUUUGACAGCAAGCUGGCUUGUGAGUAA